GACCCGGGUGCCCUGGGGGCGAGGCGGCGAUUGCCCGGAGCGAGGCCCUGGGAGAGACCGGUACACACGUGCGUGGCCAGGGUGCGCGUGCUGGGCUCCUGCACCCGAAGUGGGGCCAGUACCAGCCGGGACGCGGGCCCGAGUGCGCUGGGCAUGCGCACCCGGGAUCCCGGCAGGGAGGGCGGGCCUGCGGCGGCCAAACCCGCAGGCGGGCGAUUUGCGCAUGCGUGGUCCUGGGCCACGCCCUCUCCCGUUGGGGCGGGGCCUACGCGUCCUGGGCGGGGCCUCGGGAGUGGGACGUGCGUCACGGCAGCUUGAAGAGGGGCGGGCCGAGGGGCGGGGCCUCCGGUGGCCCGAGCUGGCGGGGCUGCUCGGGUGGGAGCCGUGCGGUCCGGCUGCUCGCGGCUCCGGGAUGGCCUCCCCGCGGGAGCUGACGCAGAACCCCCUGAAGAAGAUCUGGGUGCCGUACAGCAACGGGCGGCCCGCCCUGCACGCCUGCCAGCGCCGCGUGUGCAUGACCAACUGCCCCACGCUCAUCGUCAUGGUGGGCCUGCCCGCCCGGGGCAAGACCUACAUCUCCAAGAAGCUGACGCGCUACCUGAACUGGAUCGGCGUGCCCACGCGGGAGUUCAACGUGGGCCAGUAUCGCCGGGACAUGGUCCAGACGUACAGGUCUUUUGAGUUUUUCCUCCCAGACAACGAAGAGGGCCUGAGGAUCCGAAAGCAGUGCGCCCUGGCCGCUCUCCGUGACGUCCGGCGGUUCCUUAGUGAGGAGGGGGGCCACGUGGCGGUUUUCGAUGCAACAAACACCACCCGCGAGCGGAGGGCGACCAUCUUUAAUUUUGGGGAGCAGAACGGCUACAAGACCUUCUUUGUUGAGUCCAUCUGCGUGGAUCCCGAGGUCAUCGCGGCCAACAUCGUGCAAGUGAAGCUGGGCAGCCCUGACUACGUCAACCGCGACGGGGAGGAGGCGGCGGAGGACUUCCUCAGGCGCAUCGAGUGCUACGAGAGCUCCUACGAGUCCCUGGACGAGGACCUGGACAGGGACCUGUCCUACAUCAAGAUCAUGGACGUGGGGCAGAGCUACGUGGUGAACCGCGUGGCCGACCACAUCCAGAGCCGCAUCGUGUAUUACCUCAUGAACAUCCACGUGGCCCCGCGCUCCAUCUACCUCUGCCGGCACGGCGAGAGCGAGUUCAACCUCAAGGGCCGCAUCGGCGGGGACCCCGGACUGUCCCCGCGGGGCAGGGAGUUUGCCAGGCGUCUGGCCCAGUUCAUCAGCGACCAGAACAUCAAGGACCUGAAGGUGUGGACCAGCCAGAUGAAGCGGACCAUCCAGACGGCCGAGGCGCUGGGCGUGCCCUACGAGCAGUGGAAGGUCCUCAACGAGAUCGACGCGGGCGUCUGUGAGGAAAUGACCUACGAGGAAAUCCAGGAUCACUACCCUCUGGAGUUCGCCCUGCGGGACCAGGACAAGUACCGGUACCGCUACCCCAAGGGGGAGUCCUACGAGGACCUGGUGCAGCGCCUGGAGCCGGUCAUCAUGGAGCUGGAGCGGCAGGAGAACGUGCUGGUCAUCGGCCACCAGGCGGUGAUGCGCUGCCUGCUGGCCUACUUCCUGGACAAGGCGGCAGAGCAGCUGCCCUACCUCAAGUGCCCACUGCACACGGUGCUGAAGCUGACGCCCGUGGCCUACGGUUGUAGAGUGGAGUCCAUCUUCCUGAACGUGGGGGCCGUGAACACGCACCGGGAGAGGCCGCAGAACGUAGACAUCGCGAGGCCCCCAGAGGAGGCCCUGGUCACGGUCCCCGCUCACCAGUGACCCUGCUCCUCCCCGGCGGCCAUCUCUGCAGACAAGGUCGUUCCAGGCCCUGGGCCGCCCGCAGGCACCAGGCAGGGGCCCCGUCCACGCCACCCGCUUCCUGCUGACGGCCGUGGGGCUAUCGCACCUGCUCUGCUGCCUGACCUGCAGCUGGAGACCCUCCAGCCACGCGGCCGGCUCUGCGGGCGGAAUUUGCCGGCACUGGGCCUGCUGCGGCCCGUCGGCCUCCUGAAGCGGGCAGCCCCGUGUGGCCCAGCUGCUGGCCUGGGCCCGGAGGCCCUGCAGGCGCCCCGCUGGCCCGGGUGCGAGGAGAGCCCUGCCCACCGCCCUGCCAGGGACGGAGGGCUCCCACCAUGGACAGCUGGCCAGGCCGUGUCUGAGCCGCUGGGGAGAGUGGGGGCUCGUGUCAGCCCGGCCACGCGCAGGGAGCCGGCUUCCGCCCCGCCCGGGCGCACACACGGAUCCCCGAGGAGGAGCCCCGAGGAGCUGCUGGCCAAGACCACCCCUACGGCGGCUUCUCUCCUGCGUCACCCCGCCCGGCGCGCCUGCCCCGGACUCGGGGGGCUGCCCCGGACUCGGGGGGUGGCCCGCACCGGGUGGAUGGCCACGAGGGUCUGGAUCUGUGCUGCGCGCCUGCCGCCCACGGUGCACCUCGCUGGUGCCAGGCCAGGGCCCCAAGCCCGCUUUGCACCUGCAGCCUUUCCUGGGGUGUCCCUGCAGGACACCCCGCCUUUCCCAGCCCCUCCCGCCUCUGCCCGGGACCGGUCUCCACACGGCCGCCGCCUGGCUGCUCGGCGUGGCCAGCGCAGUCGUGUGGGUCGCAGGUGUUUUCCUCUCGCCCCGGAACGGGUGGGAUGGGGUCUCGGCCGCACAGCACUCUGUGUCCAGGGCUCUUUGCAAUAAAUAGUUCCUAAAACCACAAGGAUCCUCAGGCGAGGCUGCCUUGUGUGGCAGCUCUGCGGACCCGUGCCGCGGUCUCACAGUCUGUAGUGAGGUCCCAGUCCCGCCCACCCCAGCCUGCUCUCGGGAAGGAAAACUGCGGUCCCCAGUGAGCCCGGCCCUCACCCCUGAGCCAGAGGCGGAUGUGCGGGAGGGGCGGGCCUGGGGUGGGACAUUAAGCGCAGGGUCCCUGGAAAGUGGGUCCCAAAUGCUGGCCUCCUUAGGGAGGGGAGCCAGGCUUUGUGUCAGGACGGCCCGGCCCGCGGGGCUCAGGGGUUGAGCUUCAACCUAGGAACCAGGAGGUCACGGUUCCAUUCCCAGUCAGGGCACAGGCCCGGGUUGUGGGCUUGAAUCCCAGUGGGGGGCGUGCGGGAGGCAGCCAGUCCACGAUUCUCUCUCCUCAUUGAUGGUUCUCCCUUUCCCUUCCUCUCUGAAAUCAAUAAAAAUACAUGUUUUUAAAAAAGAAGAAAGAAAAGGAGCCAUUAGCCUUGCUGGUUGGAGCGUCGUCCGCUGCACGGAAAGGUGGAGGGUUCAAGUCCAGGUCAGGGCACGCUUAAGUGGCAACCGAUCGAUGUUUCUCUCCCUCUCCCCUUCCAUUUUCUAAAGUAAUAAAUAAUUUUAAAAAGA